AUGGCGGACGGAGAUGUAGCUGAGGAUUUGCGGCUGCCACAAACUGUGAUUGGUCGUUUAGUGAAGGAUGCACUACCCCCUGGUGUUAUCAUUUCUAAGGAUGCACGGACAGCGAUAGCUCGUGCUGCAGCAGUUUUCAUUUUGCAUGCUGCGACAUAUGCUCAAGAAUGUGCAGUAUCUAGCAAACACAAGACAGUUACUGCGGUGGAUGUAUUAAAUGCGGUGCGAGUUUUGGAAUGUGAAGAGUUGGAGAAGCCGGUAAAGGAAGCAGUGGAAAUAUGGAAAGCCAACAGACAGCAAAGGAAUGAGGAAGCCAAAAAACGAAAAGCGGGACGUGGACAAAAUAGUGAUCCACCCGUGUUAGAGAUCCUAAAAAAUGCUUCGCAGAGAGGUGGAGUUCCCGAUCUUUCCAGUUCCACGGAUAAAAUAAUUGCCUCAAAUGAACCUGGGACAAAAAAAAUGUUGUUAGAUGUUAUUAUGGAUGAUGAUGAUUAA